AUGUUCCACAAAUCCCUCGGUGAACUGGCAGUCAUUGCCUCCAGCGUCUUGGUAGCGACAGCUCAACUUACCCCUCUUCCUGCUCCCUUGCAUCCAGAACUUAUCAUCUUUUCCCCUCCCAUGAUCGAGAAUCAGGACUACGACAUCAAGAUCGAUCCAACGUUUAUGGAGCACGUCAAGACACUGGACACGAUUGAUCAGCCACUCGGUUCGGGAGAGUGCAUGGUACCCGGACCGGACGGCACCAACCAGGGACUCGGUCUCGGCGCCUACGUCGCCAUUUCCGAGCCAUGGGCAAUCUUCAAGAAGGAUCCCGGGUCAAACUUCACCAAUCCGUGCGCUGUCUCGAAGACAGUCAGCUCCAGCUCGUUCUAUGUAACACCAACAACUCUGCCAACCAUUUCAUCUACCACCGCCAACGUUACUUACCCAACCACCAGCAUUGCUUCCUACACAACCUCCACUGUCUACACCACGUUCAUCCAUACAGUCACCGAUUGCCCCAAGACUGUGACCGACUGCCCUGCACGUUAUACAUCCGUUGUCACUGACGUGAUUGCCCUAUACACCACCGUGUGCCCAGUCACAGCAAAGCAUACCCCACCAGCAUACACAACCACAACCUCGACAAUUUACGAUACUUCUAUCUACACCGUCACCGAGUGCCCAAAAUCAGUCUACUGCCCCGACCACUACAAGACGGUUAUCACUUCUGUUUACCCAGUGUCCACAACUGUGUGCGUCGUCCCCGUCAUGACUGAGGCAGUUUACUACCCGACAUACCCGACGUCAACGAUCAGUACCUACGCUGCGGUGAGGUACACGCCAACUUACAGUGCCAGCUUGGCUCAGUUCACGGGAGGUGCUGAGUCGGCGCACAACUCAGUUGGGAUUAUGGGGGCCGGUCUUGCCGCCGUGAUGGGUCUGGCCUUGGCUUUGUGA